AUGCCACAGGAGAGAGCGGCGCGCGAUAAAUUUACGCUACGCAUGUCCAAAUCCAGGAAGCCCGCCCUAUGGGGCGGGAACUGCAGUUGUGGUUGGUUGGUACUACUGUCGUUUAGAGUGAGUUCGAGGGUCAGAGGGCGCGAAGUUCCAGAUGCUGCUAGGUGUUCGAUGGUAGCACUUGUCCGUACCACAGCAGAAAGGCUUUUCCUCGGGUUACUCCCAAGAUCGAGGAAUACUCUGCAUUCCCUUCAGUUGUUAGGUGUUUUCCAGGGGUACGGCUCCACUACAACCGGAAAACUGGCGUCUCACGGCUUUGCUUCCAUGGCAGCGAUGUCAUCCUUUCCCCCACAGAGAUAUCACCAUUUCCUAGUGCUGGAUUUUGAGGCCACGUGCGACAAGCCACAGAUCCAUCCCCAGGAGAUCAUUGAGUUCCCCAUUCUGAAGCUAAAUGGCCGGACAAUGGAAAUUGAAUCCACCUUCCACAUGUAUGUGCAGCCGAUGGUCCACCCACAGCUUACACCAUUCUGCACGGAGCUGACUGGAAUAAUUCAAGCCAUGGUGGAUGGGCAACCCACUCUCCAGCAAGUGCUUGAGAGGGUCGAGGAGUGGAUGGCAAAGGAAGGCCUCUUGGAUCCCAGUGUCAAGUCGAUUUUUGUAACCUGUGGAGACUGGGACUUGAAAGUAAUGUUACCUGGACAAUGCCAAUAUUUAGGGCUUCCAGUUGCUGAUUACUUCAAACAGUGGAUUAAUCUCAAAAAGGCAUACAGCUUUGCCAUGGGGAGCUGGCCAAAGAACGGACUCUUAGACAUGAACAAAGGCCUGAACCUACAGCACAUAGGAAGGCCUCACAGUGGGAUAGAUGACUGCAAGAACAUUGCCAACAUCAUGAAGACAUUGGCCCACAGAGGGUUCAUCUUCAAGCAGACCUCCAAGCCCUUUUGAUCUCCGGGGCCGGCCGGACAGGGCUGCAUGCGGCCGGCUCCUGCUACAUGGGCGUGAUGGGCUGGAGCGUUCGAACGACAGAAAGAGGACAGAGGAACGAGCAACCCCACGACUCCGUCAGUUUUGCUGUUCUGCCAGUAGAGGCUGUAUAUAUGGAACUGGAAUCUCUGUGUAGGCCUGACGUGACUCCCUCUCUGGGGCCGGCUGCCUGCCCAGCCUGGCCCAGCCUGCAGCCCCCUAGGGCGCUUGCUCCACAUGGUUAGAGACGUAGAUUGUUUUUCCUUUUGUUGGCUUCUGAUUUCCAUUGGCGUCUUUCUCUCUCUCUCUCUCUCUCUCUGCUCACAUUUGCGCCUGUAGCAAGACCGUGGCGCCAUGUUCAGGGCACAUGCCCGUAUUAUUUUGAGUACAAUAUCUCAACAGCUGCGGUCAAGCCCUUUUCCUGUGUGAAUCUGUUACUGUGUCUCCUGCGUGUCAGCUAAAUAUUGACUGAGCAGCAUCCAGACAGCCCCCUCUUUCUUCGGCAGCCUCUACCCCACUCCUCUGUUUUAAAUAAACACUAACCCUGCAACUCCUCCUGUAUGUGACUAAGGAAGCUCGGCUCUUUCUGUUCAAGGUAAAGUGCCUGUAUUCCCUGCCUACCAAGAGCCACCUCUCUCCCUGGGGCUUCAUUCAGCAGGGGCUGGAGCAUCCUGGUUGAUGCUCAUCGCCAUGUACAGCACCUCUUGCACCCUGGUCCCUUGCUCAUGGCUCAUGGCUCCUGAGAGUGUGGGGGGACCCUGCUGUGCACCCAUCCUGUGCUUGCACAUGGUCUCCACAUAGCAUACAGUCCAUUGCAGGCAGUGGACAUGCCCAUCACUGCUAGCUCAGCGGGAGGGCUGUGUUCCCAGCCUCAAUGUGCUGCAGUGACCUGCAAAUUUACUGAGAUUUCUGUCCCUUCCCCUUUACUAAACCAGCCUUCUCUCCCUUCCACAACAGCUGUAACCAGUUUGUUGCUUGAGAGGUGUGGCCUGUUUCUCCCCAUCUGUUUCCCAUCACCCUUGACCAGUGUGGGAGGAAGGAGAUAAGGAAUGGCUCUUCCUUCCCCAUAGUCCCAAUAGUUUCCUGAAAACUUCUGCCCUACCCCUAGCCUUUGCUGAAUGGAUCCCCAGGCGGAUAGGCUCCAGCUGCCACCUACCUUGGAGCCACACCAUGAGGGCUCUGCCCAUGCAGCAGUCAGGCGGUGAGCUGAUACAGGCACUGGGCCUUCCUGGUAAAUAAUGCAUGGUGUGUGGAUGUUCCAGCUGAACCCAACCUGACCUCCUCAUCGGCUCGUUACUCCCAUCCUUGCUGUAAAUGUGCCACAUGAAUAAAGUUUGGGGGAAAGGAA